AUGGGCUUCACCAUGCGGAUGGCCCUGACGGCCUCGACUCUCUUUCUAGCGGCAGCAGCGGAUAGUCAAUAUGUCGCCUGCUAUGAUAACAAUGAGGGCCUCACCAACGAGACCUCGUAUAAUUACCAAAGCCAAGGAUGGUGCCAAACCUACUGCAUGAAAACGAACGCUGCAGUGUUCGCCAUGACAGGCGGAUCCGACUGCUUGUGUGGAGAUGAACUGCCUCCCGAGUCAGGAAAAGUUUCGGACAGCAGGUGCAACACCAAGUGUGAUGGCUGGCCUUCCGUUAUGUGUGGCGGCCCCGGCGUCUGGUCUGUUUGGCUGACGGGCCUCGAGAGUCACGUCCCUAGCGAAGGCGCAACAACCACAAAAUCCGGUAGCUCGACCCAGGAAACCGACCAAUCUGCGACCUCCUCUUCACAACCGGAGGAGGUGACUGUGACACAAUCAGCCCCCGCACAAACGGACGGUCCAACCAACAGCUCAAGCAGCCACAACACAGCGGCCAUCGCGGCCGGGGUGGUAGUUGGUGUGGUUGGACUUGCCGCGCUUAUCGGCGCAGCAUUCUUCUUCUACCGCCACAAGAAAAACAAGGAGGAAGCUGAAUUCGGCAACGGCAUAGGCGACUAUGAUACUCGGGCGCCGCCCAUGACUGAUUCUCGCUUUGACGGAACCUCUAUGGCGCAACGCCGCCAAAGCAAUGGCAGCAUCGAUGAGAACCAUGACUUCUCUCGCCGGAUCUUGCAGGUUUCCAACCCUGACCACUACUAG